UCGUGUCUCGUCGGGGUCAAGAUUAAGCCCAAAUUCGGCCCGAAAAAGCCAAAAAUCGGCCGAAAUGCAACGUGAGAAAGGAGCACUGCAGUCGGCGCAGCAGCGUAGCGAGUUUAACUGACUCGGGAGAGCCGCUGAAGCCGCUCCCAGGCCAGUCUGACUCGCCGCCGGAAAGGGUGCCCACGACGACUGCCACACGCACCCCUUGUGCCAGGUGGAGGUGGUGCAGCAGCAGGUCAAGGUCGUGGCCACGGAGGAGCCGCCCGAGGAGGAGGACCAAGAAGUGCAGGCCACGGAGGCGGCAGGCCCUGCGGAGGAAAAGGAGCUCGAGUCGCAAAUUGAACCGACGCCUCACGUCAGCGACAUCAGCAACCUCAGCGCCGAAAGCAAGUUGCAGGAGCCGGAUUUGGAGGAAGUGGAGGCGACGAGUGAUGAGCGUCGCGGCGUCGAAUUCGGCGGCAACAACAACAUGUUGUCGACGCUGGUGUUCCCGCAGGUGCCCAGGGGAGACCUGUACAGGCUGCAGAAGUUCGGCCUGGACGACGGAUUCUUCGUGUUCAGCUACGUGGCCAAUUUCCUGGGCCUCUUCCAGCCGGCCGACUACCCCUUGGUCGCUGAGUUUUGAGCCUGGAUUCGUGGCGCUGCUGGUGGUCUUCGGCGUGCUGGCCCUGGUGGCGCCGUUCGGCCUGGCCACGUUCGGCUGCGUCGAGGCGUCCCGCAAGUGCCGCAGCACCAAAGAGUCGGACGACGCGAGCAGCUCGAGCUGCGACAGCAUCCGCGACGGCUGCGGCAACUGCAGGCGCAGGGGCGUCCUGUGCUGCCUCCAGAUCCUCGUCGUCCUCAUUGCGGCCGGUCUGACGGGGAUUUUCGUGGCCAACGAGCAGUUGGGCUCGGGAAUGGAGCGUUCGCCGGCGGUGAUGGACGCGGCCUUUUCCGACCUCUCCACCUACCUGAAAAACUCGCACAAGCAGCUGCACUUCGUGGUCAGCAGCGCCCUUGACCAGACCGUCGACGCCACCAUCACCGACCUGGACAACAUUGAGUCGAUCCUGGGUCGGCCGAUCCAACGGGAAAUUGCCGGCGAAACUGGAGUCGACGUUGCCAUGGACGUGCUAAUGGACAUCAGCAUGUCCACACACACAAUCGCGGAGAGGGCGGUGACCCUUCAGCAGAGUGCCGGGGCCGUGCGGACCCUUUCGCGCACCACCCAAGACCGUCUGGCCGAGCUCAAGAUGCAGGUGGACUCGUUCAGGCGCACGUGCAACCUGCGCGACCGGCCGUUGUGCGACACCAUCGACUCGGCCGGCCUCGAGGUCAAGAUCGACCUGGACAAGAUUAUGAAUGACGUGCGGCUGGCGGAUUUGCGGCGUCUGCGGAACGACACCCUCAGCUCGACGGCACAACAGGCGCGCAGCGAAUUCCAGUUCAUCCCUCACCAAAUGGCCGCAACCACGCGUGAAGCAAGAUUGGGCGUGAAACGCGAGUUGGACAUGCAGCGCAUUCUGAUUAAAGAGCAACUGCGCGGCCUGGAUGACUUGACGAAGCAUUUGAAUAACAAGAUUCAGCAGAUGAGGGAUUGGACGCUGAGCAACAUGGAAGGUGUUCCGGAAAUCGAAGAAUGGCGCUGGCUCGUCGGACUUUUGACGGCCUCGUCGGUGCUGCUGAUCUGGACCGUGUUGAUGUCGGCCAUCAGUUGCGGCUGCUGCGGAUCUGAGCGCAAAGCGGGAUGCACCCUAAUCUUCGCGCUGCUGCUGCUGGCCGUGCUCUCGAUCGCGCUGUGGGGCGUCGUCGUAAUGGCCGUGGUGAUCGGCGGCCACGGCGAGCUGUUCGUGUGCCGGCCGCUCUACCAGGAGCCCGACUUCACCGUCAUCACCACCCUCUUCGACAAGCCCAACAUGUUCUUUGGCAACAAGAAACCAGGCCUCUUCUCCAACGUCGGCUACAAGAACGACACGCUCGACGUCCCCAUCCGCACAGUCCUCGCAGAGUGUCGGGACAACCGUCCGGCGUACGAGACGUUCAAGCUGUCGCGCGUGUUCAACGCGGAGACGGCGACGGCGUUCAAGACGUGGCACGGCCUGCACGCCGAGCUGGACCGCAUGAGCGUGGACCAGAGUUUCCGGAACCUGCAGCUGCUGACGCCGAGUCUGCAGAAGACGCUGCAGGGCCUGCUCGACACGACGUCUGUUGACCUUUCCAGCCUGCGCGGCUCGCUGAGUGGCAGCGUGACAGCCAAAGAUUUGACCUCGUUCGCCACGCAAAUGGAGAACGUGGCCAACCAGAUCAAGGACGGCGCCACAACCGGCAGACUCCGCUCCCUCGUGACCAAAACUCGCAAACUCAUCAGCACCAACAUUCUGCCCCUCGAGACCAGAAGAGACGAGCUUGUGUACCAAUUAACAGCCCUUGAGGUGCAAUUAAUCCCCAUUGAGAAGCAAAUCACGCAGAGCAUGUCUCACUUGAAGACGAUUCAGUACUUCAUCGGCAACCAAGGCACCAACAUUGCUCAAGAGAAAAUGCGGCAAUUCACGGAGCGCAUUUUGAACUACGUGGCGCAAUUCCAGGACUACGUGGUCGACUCGGUGCAGGACACUGUGGCACCCUGUCGGCCCAUCUGGAACGUGUUCCAAGGCGUGCGCCAACUGCUCUGCCGCCAUCUGAUGGACCCCUUGAACGGAUUGUGGUUCUGCACUAUGUGGUGCAUGGUUAUGUUCCUGAUGGCCAUUCCGACCAGCAUAAAACUGAUCGGCUACUUCGACCAGCUGCGCAAGUCCAGCCUCUUGGCCAGAAGUCAAACGGGAAGCCAAGAAUCCCCGCCUGGCCCGUCCUGGACGUCGCCCGAGUAUGUAGAAGAAGUGAAACUUGAAAUCUGAACUCUCUAAUUCUUGCCCCCCUUCUCUUCUCCUCUUUUUAUAUUUUAUUUUGGUUUUUAUUUUUCGUUUCCAACCUUUUCUUCCCCGAUGUUUCAGUGAACCAGACCAAGUGGAAAUUUGGUAAACGGAGGUAUCGGGCAGUGUCUUGUAUUUUAAAACAUAAUCUAUUUUAUUGUUUUUUACUUCAAACGCAAAUUUAAAAAAUGUAAUAAUUGUGUUAGUACAUUUAAGUGUGAUGUAAAAUUGUAAAAAUACAAAAAUCUAUACAAAUUA